UUUCAUUCGCCACGGUCCCUAACAUGCUCUCGCAGCUCCCUCAUCUUUUGCAAUCCAAAGCCAUGUCUCAAACUGUUCAAAUUGGCACGGGCGACCAUUCGCUCAAACUGGUCAAAAUUGGUUUCGGAGCCAUGGGCAUGUCUGUCAAGGGACCGGUCUCCGACGAGCAGGUAGGCUUCAUCGAGGUAUCAGCAUAGGAUAUCACUGACACCAUGCCUGCUCGACAGUGCUUCGAGACGCUCAAAUAUGUCAUCCAGCAGGCCAAACCUGGCGAGAAGAUGGUGAUCAACAGUGCCGAGUUCUAUGGACCGGACUCUGCCAACCUUAAGCUCCUCAGUCGUUUUUUUACCAGAUACCCCGAGCUGAGUGAGCAAGCGUUGGUUGUUGUCAAGGGCGGAAUGGGGGGCUUCAAGGCUAACGCCGGUCCACCAUCCAUGCAGCCCGACUCAAGCUCCGAGGCUCUCCGGCUUUCCGUAGAAGGCAAUGCAAAGGCACUGUCUCCAAAGAGGAUGGACGUGUUCGAGCUUGGACGAAUCGAUAAAUCCGUUCCCAUUGAAGAAGCUAUGAAGACGCUUGUGAAAUUACGAGACGAAGGCUGGUUUGACUACAUUGGUCUCUCGGAAUGUUCCGCAGCGACUCUCGAAAGAGCGGUCACCGUGUCUCCGAUCCUCACUGUCGAAAUUGAGAUCUCGCCCAUGGCAUGGGAGGAGGAGACCAGAAAGGUUUUGGCAGUGGCGGAAAAACCCGGUGUCAAUGCUGCUAUACUGGCUUAUUCACCCAUGGGACGAGGCGCUUUCGUUGGGAUAUCGUAUGAGGAUAUCCCAGCUAUCGUCAAGAAAAUGUUCCCUCGCUUCCAAGAGGAGAAUUGGGCGAACAACAAGAAAUUACAAGACAAGCUCAAGGUACUGGCUGAGCAAUGCGGCGUUCCGAUUAAUCAAUUGGCUCUUGCUUGGGUAUUGUCUACGUCGCCCAAUGUCGUACCGAUACCGGGCACUACCAAAUUAGCGAACGCCGAAUCAAACUUUGCAGCCAUCUCAGUCGAGCUCUCCGACGAGGACCUCGCGGAGAUGACGAAGAUCGUGGAAGAAGCUGAAAUUCAUGGUCAGAGGUUUCCCGAGGCCCACAAUCACUUGAAUUGGGGCUAGAUCGUAGUCUAUGUGCAUGUCUGUAUGGAGCCACGUGCGGACGAUGCCUGGGUUGAGCCUUGUGUGUAUCCAUAUCUCUCCUCGAAGAGGUUCACAUCUGGCUCAAGUGGCUGCUUCGCUUCACUCGAUGAUUUCCGGCGUGAAGGAAGAGACCGACAAGUUCCGUGUUUUGCGAUGAUGCCGUU